AUGAAGUUCACCUUGGCAGCCGCGUCCGUCCUCUUUUUAGGAGCGACGUUGGCCCUUCCAGCUGAAAGGGUUGUCGACCUUGAAGCACGAGCAAAUCCAUCCAACGAGCCCAUUGACUGGGACGGGCCCAACUCCUCCGCAUCCAUCCAGUGCGGCAAGAAUACCUAUGAUGGGCUCGAUAUCUAUCUUGCCGCAGAAUACGCCGUAAACUUGGGCCUCUUAAGUCCUCCAGAGACAAGGGGUGCUGGCAACUACCCAAAUCCUUUCGACAACGACGACAGCAAGGGAAACCAGUUGCAUUUCCCUGCUCACUGCCCAGAGCACGACGAGAACCGGAAGGAGUACCCGCUUGUCAAGAAUGGGCCUUACAACGGGGGCAAAAAUAACAGAAAAUACGGGGAUGAGCGUGUGGUCUUCUACUACGAUGGCGCAUCGCAAGGUGUCGACGGUCACCCAUUGGUCUACUACUGUGGCUUGAUUACCCACGAGGGUGCGCCCAAGGGGGGGCUUCAACCAAUGUGA